AUGGACAGUUACGCCCCAUACUGUAGCCAAGCAGCCUAUGCCGCAUAUGGCAUCUCGACAAAAGAAUGCACGAUUGAAUAUAAGAAGGGACGAACUGAUUUGUCAGAUACGAUAGAGACGCUUACAACAGAUCUAUUGGGGUUGGAUGAUACCUCAAUAAAUGGUGUGAAUGUGAAAGCAGACAUAUGCUCUGGUGUCGACCUUGGGGAUGCCAAGUGGGAACUUCACGAAACAGUUAAUCUCCACCUCUCGCUUGUCCAAAAAACGCAGAAAUUAGACUCAACUGUAGGUUUCGGCUAUGCUAUCACCCACACAUUCUGUCAGAACAUACGCUAUACAACCAUUAACAUUUGUGGGCUGCCAACAGUAGUGUGCAACGGGGAUUUUAUACAGGAAUUAGAUGGGCUUUUAAAUCUAUUCGGUAAUAUUACCGCCCGCGAGCUUAAACUCUCAAAUAUUCGCUCUUCUGUUAUAAGUCCAUUCGCCUUUGACAUAUCUAAGAUAGGAGGAGAACACGCACUUCCCAAACACCUCCAAUUUCGCCUUAAUCUUAAGACUUUGGUACUCGAUAAUGUCAACAACCAAAUUAUCUCCAAACUAUUUAACGAAUACACCUUUGUUAGUCCCGUGGAAGUGCAUAUUCUGAACCAACGUUACUCGAACCUUGACAUUGUCCGAAUUCUCUCCCAUCCUAUAGGCCAAAAUAUCACUAAACUUGUGCUCAAUGACUUUAGUGGCUUAGAUGAAGUGAAGUAUUACGAGGAGUAUAAGAAAGAAGAUAGACUCACGGAACUCCCACUGUUCAACUACAUAGAAACAAUGAAAGCCGAAAACAAAACUACCUCGGAUCUUGGUCUUAACAAACUGAUUCUGCAACUGGAAGGUGUUGAUUGCAGUAAGUAUACUGAAGUCUUAGCUGAGUUUGAGAAGCUCGGUAUUCGAUGCCAAGCUGGUCCCGUUCAAACCUAUAUCAAUCGCCAAAUAGCGUAUUACAAAGAGUAUCUAAUGGCAGCCACCAAAUGUACGGAAAUAUGGGAUGUAGAUCAAGCUCUGGAUCUCUAUAACGUUGAUCUACAUGAGUUAAAAAAAGACCUUAUUAACCGUUCCAUCAAAUGCACAUCACAGCCAUCAAAGUCUCCUACCCAGAAACUGUCCCUUGAGACUUUAAAACUAUACUUCAGUGACAAUCAGGUCUUAACUGAGGAUAGUCUCGUAGAUAUUAUUGGGUGGGUUGCUUGCCAAUUUACGGAUCUAAAGGAUUUGACACUAUUAAAUCUGGACGUUUCAGAACAUACGCGAAAGCUAAUUCUCAACGGCAACUACUACACUGUCGGUCUAGAGACACUCAAGGCCAUUGAAAUCAAAUCUGAGAAGUCCCAGAUACGGUUGCCAUUCCUGAAUAACUGGGAUAAUUAG